AUCUCAAAUUACUAUUCCAUUUAACACAUCUCAACAGUAGCCUACAGUUCCCUUAAUGUGCCAUUUUGAGAUCCCCGUCUUGUGAAUGUCGAAUUUGUAUAGCUCCUCACAAUCAUCACACACAACUUUGCCGCCGCUGUUAUCAACAUCUUUUACCACUUCACCAGGUCUUUCCCAAACAUUAGGCUACUGUUCUGUCCCUCCCUUCUAUUUAUUUUCAACUCUUCACUUCUCAGCUUUUCUCACUUUUUCUGCCCAAGUUCCCAAAAGCAUUUGUCAAUUGGCGUGUAUUUGGCGAGCAUACAGCUAGUGUGUAGCCUAAGCUUAGGCUACGCACUAACACCAGAUACAAAUAAUGAAAGAAGAAUCUAAAUGUAGCCUGUAGAUAUAAAUUGCACAAUAAUUAUACAUGUAUGGCUUUUUAAUGCAUUGUUUUUCUCUUUAUUCAACCUGCCUGCCGCCGACCCGCCCUUCAUCCACACUAUUUCAUGACCCUAAAACCGCCCGCACUGCGGAUAUGAGUAAAAGUAUAGAAUGCACCAUGUGAGCAGGGACGCAGUAAGGCCUCAGGAUGGCUUUCACCCAGAUGCAGCAGGGAGUGAUGGAGGCCAUGGCUGUGAGUACCUCUGUGGUGGGGCCUGAUGAGUUCGACCGCAACGCGCCGCGCAUCUGUGGCGUCUGCGGGGACAAGGCCACAGGCUUCCACUUCAAUGCCAUGACCUGCGAGGGCUGCAAGGGCUUCUUCAGACGCAGCAUGAAGCGUAAGGCAAGUUUCACCUGCCCCUUCAACAGCAGCUGCACCAUCACCAAGGACAACCGGCGGCACUGCCAGGCCUGCCGGCUCAAACGCUGCGUGGACAUCGGCAUGAUGAAGGAGUUCAUCCUGACAGAUGAGGAGGUGCAGAGGAAGAAGGACCUGAUCCAGAAGCGGAAGGAGGAGGAGGCGGCGCGGGAGGCCCUGAGACCCAGGCUGAAUGACGAGCAGAGCCAGGUCAUCGCCUCAUUGGUGGAGGCCCACCACAAGACCUAUGACGACUCCUACUCUGACUUCUCACGCUUCAGGCCCCCGGUGCGAGAGGGUCCAGUAACACGCAGUGCCAGUCGUGCAGCUUCCCUUCACUCUCUGUCAGAUGCCUCCUCAGACUCCUUCAACCACUCACCAGAGUCUGUGGACAGCAAGCUGAUGAACUUCAGCAGUCUGUUGAUGAUGUACCAGGACAGUGCAGGCAGCCCAGACUCCAGUGAGGACGACGGCUCCAAACUCUCCAUGCUGCCCCACCUGGCUGACCUGGUCAGCUACAGCAUCCAGAAGGUCAUCGGCUUCGCUAAGAUGAUUCCUGGCUUCAGAGGGCUCACUGCUGAGGACCAGAUUGCCCUGCUGAAGUCAAGUGCCAUCGAGAUAAUUAUGCUGCGUUCCAACCAGUCCUUCAACCUAGAGGACAUGUCCUGGAGCUGUGGUGGUGGCCCUGACUUCAAGUACUGCGUCAAAGACGUCACCAAGGCGGGUCACACUCUGGACCUGUUGGAGCCGCUGGUGAAGUUCCAGGUGGGCCUGAAGAAACUCAAGCUCCAUGAGGAGGAACACGUGCUGCUCAUGGCCAUCUGCCUGCUGUCUCCUGAUCGUCCGGGGGUGCAGGACCACGCUAAGAUCGAGGUUCUCCAGGACCGUCUGUCGGAGGUGCUCCAGGCCUACAUCAGGGUGAACCACCCAGGAGGACGGCUGCUCUACGCCAGGAUGAUCCAGAAGCUGGCCGACCUGCGCAGCCUCAACGAGGAGCACUCCAAGCAGUACCGCUCGCUGUCCUUCCAGCCCGAGCACAGCAUGCAGCUCACCCCGCUGGUGCUGGAGGUGUUUGGGAGCGAGGUGUCAUAGCAGCCCCUCCGACCCCCCUCCCCAUGAGGAACCACCUAGAUGGAGUUGAGUUGCUGGAUGGAGGGUUCAGGGAUGGAAGGAUCUCUGAGGGGGGAUAGCCGAAUGGACCUGAUAGUCACACUGUCAAAGAGAAGGUUUUGGGGGGUUAAUUAGGGGAUUAUGGGUGAAGAGAGGAGGGAGGGGCUUUGAUAAGGUUGGAAUUUCCCGUUGAUAAGAAAAAGGGAAUUUCAAAUAGAAUGUAUUUGUAUGUAUAUAUAUAUAUAUAUAUAUAAAUACAUAUAAGCUAAUAUCUAUAUUUAAAAAAGAAAAAGGUUGUUUCGAUUAAAACAAAUGGAUGAGUAAUCUUCUGUAUAUUAUAGGCUAUGUAGGCCCUAUUUGUGUGCAUAUGAAUGUGUGUAUGUGUUGACAUGGGGUGUUUCAAAUGUAAAACAUGUAAUGCAUGCACACAAGCAUACACGCACAGACACACCCUGAGUAGAGUGUGAGGGGCCUUCUAUUUUUGAUGUUUGUAUAUUGAAUGACCACGAGGGUGUUGCGCACAGGCUCUGACUGAGUGUUUAGUAGUAGGACUGACAUCUGUGUUUAAGUCACAAUUAAUGGAUCGGUUAAAGUGUAGGCUACACACAGGAUAUGUGUGGAAAAUCUGGUAACUAUUUGGAUCUGUUGCCCACUUCAACAUUUUUUUUAUUUUUUAAAAGCUCUUGCCUUCAUAAGAGGAAAGAGCAACAUGGUUUUAGUUCAUUUUAAUUCUGCAUAAUUGGCUAGCUAAAAUAAGAUUAGCUAAACUAACCUAGUAAGGUGACUAACGGCCGUCCCUCGGGGAGAAGUUAGCCUGAUUAUUGUUCAGUGUACAAUGUACACUUUACUUAAUAUGUACGCAAGCCUACAAUCAAGGGGGAUUGUUAAAAAAAACGGUUGGCCUCUUCAGUCAAACCUGUCUGUCAGGAUGUAAUGAUUACUGUUGUAAUUACUAAAACUUUUAAAUCAAAUCUGAAGAUGCUUUUAAGGCUAGAUCAAAUUCUAAUCCCGGUAAAAUACAAUCACAAAUUCGCCCCCACCAGUUUGUUUGAGAGUCUUUUGGUUUAGCUUAGUAGGUCAAAAGUUCAGCAUAUCACAGGAGUGUUCUGCAGGUCUGGCUCGCCCUCUUGUGGUCAUUGCCUGUAAAUACCACUUGUUAUUUCUGUACAUAAUGAAAAAGUUGGCAAAUACUAAGAUAAUUCAGUUGAGAAGAAUGCUCUGGAUAUAUAUGCAAAAAUGAGAUGGACUAUUUUCUUAUGUUGAGGUAUCGAUAAGCUUUGACAACUAUAUAUCUAUAAUUGCUUUGAUGCAAACUCAUUACUUUGGACUGGUUUUAUUUCAAUCAAGAUUGUUUCCGAAAAUCAGCGUUCGUUCAGCUGCGCCAAGACCUUCUCACAUACCAAGGAGACAUUCUGACUCAACCUGCUGCUCUGUAAAGCUGCUCUGGAAAGCUACCAUACCGUUGGAACCAGGAAAAAGACAACAAACACAAUCAUGCGCUUUACUACUAACACUGCCUCAACUCAAACUGACAAGGAUACAGGCCAAUCAAUCAGUCACCGUAGCGACGGGCAUGCCUCUCUUCAACAUGCCAACCAACACCUUUUUUUGUGCAAUAGAACAGCAGCCAGCCGCGCAGGACUCUUCAUAGCUUUAACGCGACAGCAGCCAUUCAGGCCCAACUCAAUGGCUGUAGUGCACCAAGGGCUGAUGGGACUGAGUUUGUGCGUAGCGGCUUUGAAUAUGUCACUCAGAUAGGGGACGUCCCUUACCUAGGAAGUGACUGACAUCGAACUGAUCUAGUGAGGAGAGCUUGGGGAGGUGGACUCAGGAGUGAACCCUGAGACUGUAUAGAAGUGUAUAACAAAUCUAAAGAAUAAUUUUAGAAUAAGAAUCACAGAAUACAUUGCAGCCCUUGUUCAGACCCCACUGUGUGUAAACCAGGUCAUGUGGAGAAAGCUGACUUUUUUUUUUACCUAUCACGUAUGCAUAAACCAAUGUAAAGGAAUGCAGGAAAGAUGGGAUCAGGGACUCUAAUGGGAGGAACUCCUCCAAGAGCUCUCUGCCUGCUGCCAAGCUGGCUCAGAAAGACACACCCCAGAAACUGCACCCCUCUCUCCCAACGCAGGUCAGCAACUCCACCUCGGUAGCCUUACAAAACUCUGUUCAACAUUUAACAGAUACCUCAAUGAAACAGAAAAUGUUCAUAAUAGCAUAGAAGGGAACCAAACAUAACACAGUGACCCAAACACACACACACACACGCAUACAUUCACACACACCACGACUUUCUCUUCAGCAACCUCUGCAGUGUUCUGUUUUUCGUCAAGUUGUUUCUUUGAAGUGAAACUGCUUAGAGAGCCGUGUUGCAAACCCAGUAUAGAGGGAUCACAUUGUUUUCACACACAGUGUCUGUCUGUUUUUCUUUGUUAUCACAGCAAGACAAUCGUGUUAGAGGCAGGCCGCAACGUUCCACAAAAAAAACAAAGCAUCAUAGUGCGUCUGAAUCAAUGGUUCCCACUGCCACUUUGUCCAGUCCUGAUCAGUAUUUUAUUGUGAGGAAUAAGUGAUGCUGAGGAAUCACUAAUAGUAUGUAUAUCAUGCAGUCACCAUGGCUGAUUUGAGGCAGUGUCUCUGUGAUCAGUGCCUUGUCAGGUUUACUGACUGAAAUAACCUGGAUUGGCAAAAAAUAAUACAUAGAGAGAAGUAAUACAUUUCUUCUUUCAGUGUAAUAUUAAGAUCCGUAAAUGAAUGCAGGCAGGUUCCUGAUAAGGCAACGCUCACAGCGGCCCAACCUACAUUUUUGCCUGUAUGGUUGCUGCUGGUUUCUGGUGGCUCUGUUGUAUUGCUCUGGUAAUGUGUGAAGCAAGCUGAAUCCUGAAUAGGGUUGCAAAAUUCUGGGGACUUUUAUUGAAAGUUCCUGGGAUUUUGCAACCCUAAUCCUGAAUCCCUGUUAAGACUUGAUUGUAUACAGAGUCGUGCCGCCAGGCGCUGUGUUAACCAAAACAAACUACCUCUCCCAUCCGCACAUGUAUUUUUGGCAUGGUUGUUUCAUCUAUUUUUACACUAAUUCAUUUUAUUUAUUCCUUUUACUCAAAUGCUGGAUGAUUUACCUCAACACAUCUCAAAAUAAGCCUACAGAUCAAGAGGAGGCUGUCGCCACUCCACGUCUCUUAGUGUUGGGGGGCUGAAAUGGCUCCUCUUUUUAUUAAGUGUCACCUUCAGCUUGUAGCUGGGAUAUUAUGACAUCGCUUCCUCAUGCUGGAGGCCUAAGUUAGCGUCAGUUAGCGAUCUGCAUAGUAGGUGAUAUGAUGUAGUUUCAAGAUUUAUGAAAUGUUUUAUGAAACUGAUAUGUUGGGAUCCUGUCUUGAUGUUUUAGUUGUCUUGCGUCUUUGCAGUCGCUUGCUCAGUCUGCCCUCAGCAAAGUGUUCUACUGCCUCUUUUACUCAUAGCUCAUCACUCUGGAAUCCAGGUCUUUAUUGUAAAACGCUGACGUACAGGACACAGCCCUAUGGUGGCACAGUGCUUUACCAACAAAGCAUACUGUUUAAAUAUGUUUCUAUAAAGGACUCAAGGAAGUUGUGUGUAUAGUCAUAGUUUCUCUGUAGUGAUGGCUGGGGAGAUUUUCCCAUUCCUAUGUCUGUGAUUUCUUCUUGAGGGGCAAAACAUUUUUCUUUGGAUAGAGAGAUGAGAAAAGAGAUGAUGGUAUGCGGAUCUCUGAGGAGGAAAGGCUGUUUUAGUCUAGUCAUAUUAAUGCUGGUCACUUUUGGAAUCUUUUCUUUUUGCUCUGAACGUUAUCUGCUACCUCUUUUAAUAUGCGCUUUCUCACACACAUGCACACACACAUACCACAAACAAACACAUUACUACAGUAUGUGCACACACUGUGUCCACACUUUCACCAGCAGUAUUUUGCCAAUGAUGCACUCGUAUUUCUGUCUCUGUGCUCUGACUUUCGUCUGAAAUCUAUUACUGAUGAUCACUAUAGCAAAUCUGCAAUGAUGGAGGCAUCGCAGGGUCAUUAACAGUUUGUCUUUUAACAUUGAAUGCACAUUUUAGCUCAGUUACCUUGGUGUGCCUAGAACCCGGAGCCUUAUUUUGGGACAAUAUCAGGGGUUUAAUAAAACAAAGGACUUUUUUUCUGAUUUAA